AUGUAUUUGGUUGAAAUACAUAAAUAGUUAAAUUGAAGAAACUUAAUCAAGUUGAAAAAUUUAGUGAAAUUAACAAUUUCUUCUCGUUCCUGUUAUAUUGGUAGCAACUGUACCUAAUGUUUAAUUUGCAACAAAGUUCUUUACGCUUUAGAGGACAUAGAAUGUUUAAUAAAUAACGAAUCAAUUUGAUUAAAUUUCUUGUAGUAUCGUAUCGUUGUGAACGGUUCAAUUUUUGCCGUCUCGUCAAAUGUCGAACUUACAGCGCAAAUCGGGAACUGUACUAUUCGCUUCUCCAGGUAAAAUAACUUUAUUUAUUAACAUGAGAUCCAGUUACAAAAAUGGAUUGAAUUGUUGAUAAUCUUUUUGUUAUACUGGUCACAUUUUUGGAAUGCCGUUCGUGUGGGUAUUCGAGUUAUAUUAAAAUAAAGCGCGAGUGAAGUCAGCGAAGCAGAAAAUAUCGCAAUAUUCUUUCAUGCAGGAUAGUUUUUCUAUCUUUAAUGUUCUAUCUUUAAUUUAUUUUAUAAACGUGAGAUAUGUGUAUGGCUAACUCUAAAUAAUAACCGUAUUUAUAUAAAAUAGUUUAAUAUGGUUUUAAUAUGAUUCUCUCUCUCUCUCUCUCUUCUUCUCUUUCUUCUUUCUUUCUUUCGCAUCUCGCAUCUUUUAAUAGAAGAGAGUAAAAAACUUUGUAUCCUGUUUCUAACAAGAGCCAGAUAUAAAUAUAUAAAAUUCGUCUUUCUUUUCGAGCUCCACAUAUCUGUCUCUCUUUCUCUCUCUCUCUCUCUCUCUCUCUCUCUCUCUCUUUCUCGUCGAUAUAAAAAAUUGAAAAUUGAAUAUUCGACAUGGUCGACGAGCUUGCGAUACGGUAUCCCGAUCGCGUCUCUCUGUCGGUAUCGAUCACGGAUCCAUAGAUAUCAGUAUUCCUCGUGUGGAUCAGUAGUCCCGGGAUCGCGUUUCGCGUUAAGGGUUCCUUCCGUACUUCGAUCGACAAUUUUUCCGCACUUCCCGUCUCUAACGUUCCCGCUGGAGGAGCAAACCUCCAAAGCGCAACCCCUUCCCGGCCCGAGGUACGCACCAAGUGCACCUCUCCGACCUCCCUUCGCGGCCCUCACCUGGUCCCGUCGUGUUAUACAGCGACGAACGGACAGACAGACGGACAGACAGUGAGACAGAGAGAUAGACAGACAGACAGACAGACAGACAGACAGACAGGUAGGCACCGACACGAAGAACAACCCUCUAGCAGCACCGCGCGCACAACUCCUCUUUUCCUCCUUCGGUCUUCUCCCUCGACGCGCGGCUGCGCAGAGGAACGGCGCGAGGCGUCGGCGUCGACGCCGUCGUCGGCGUCGGCGUCAUGCCGGGGGCGUCGCACCAUCGUCGUCGGCAGCGCUCGACGUCUCGACCGAGCGUCGCUUCGUCUCGCCAGGCUAGUAUCAAGCCGGGAGCCGUCGAGAGGGUCGAUCCACCUCCGGGAACGGGGUCUACUGAACCGCAAUCACAGCCAGUCACGACGGUGGUUUUACGUGGUGGUUCGCGCGCGUGGUUGCCCCGCGACGUGUACGCUCGGCCUCGCCGAGGCCUCCGGGUGGCGAGAGGAAGUGCGGUCGCGCGCACGAGCGAAGGAGAGACAGAGAUAGAGGGGGAGGGAGAGAGAGAGAAAGACAGAGAGAGAAGGAAAAAUGGAGCGCGCGGCCGGAUCGAUCGCGAUACGAACGGAUGGCUGACUCGAGAGUGAACCGCGAGCGAGUAACGUAGUCGUGCUGACUGCUCCGAGCCGACGAGAGGGAUCCUCCGCGGGCGCGCGCCUCCCGUCUGCAUUCGUUGCGUGUGCGUGGUACGCUGGGCGCCAUUCGUACGUCAACGGGGAAAACGGUGACAUCGCGGCCUCCGACAUCUCUCUCUCUCGCGCGCGCGAUUCUGCGUCGCGGACGGCGGUAUAUAGAGAGGGUGGAGAGGGACACGAGAGAGCCUGGUGUGUGUGCCGUUGGUGGUGAAAGUGCUCAUCGCGUGAUUAGGUCGAGGUCGUGUCGCUGGGACGACUGUUUCCCUCUCGCUCGCUCCCUACGUCCCUUCGGUGACCUUCGGGACGCCGGGGAUGAAGCGUGGGUCCAGGUGACGUUCCACGCCACGCAUUUCGGACCUGACGCUUGCUCGAUCUUCCCCGAGACGCCGCGCCGUAUCUCCCGCGUGAAGCGGAGCCGCGGGUGAAAGUGUGUCACAGUCUCGUGGCGCAACGCGACCCUCGAGACGCUCGUCGAGACGAUCGGCCAUCCUCGAGUGUCGAUAUCUCGACGUCGCGGUGCUUAUCUGUCUCUGCACCCGCACCCUGCUGUGCGCGGUCUCUCUAAGGAGAAGAAGCUCCAGGAAGAAGCGCGCUAACGUCUGAUCUUCAUUGAACUGUCCAUAUCCUUACCUUCUCGAGUACGCAAUUGAAAGACCUUCUCUCAGCAAGCAACGUAUUGCACGCUGAUUUGUUUUUGCAUUGUGAUUUCCGAGAAGAACUAACUUGUCCCUCGUUGGUUGUGCGAUAUCUUCGACACGUCAGUGACAGCGACUCCAGCGGUGGAACGAGCUCGAAAGGAAUAAUUGAUCAUCUUCGCAUCGAAGGUCUUGCCGGGAACGAACAGGCAUAUUGUGAAGGAAGAAGGUCCGCUCUGUGAGACAAAACGUCGAUACUUCUUCUGCCCCGUUAAAGACACUUCAGUGACUGAAUGAUUGACAUCGAUUGAUGUAAGAAUAUUAUAUGCUGGUACAGGGAGAUUGCAUCUUGCAGUGGUCAAAUUAGCGUGCGCUAAGUAGUAAAACCUAACUGAUAUUCUUUGGAGGAAAGUAUAGCUAGUUCUAGUCUUAAUCGCUCGGUUUGGUUUCAAAUCGUAAUACAGUAAACGUGUGAGAUAGAAACUCUUGCUCUUCGAAAAGAAACUUUUCGUUGCACACCGAUCGAUUAGUGUGCAUUAUAUAUACGCGCGUUAAAGAGAGAAAAGGGUAUUGUGGAUUCGCUCAUUGCGCUCUUGGUAUCUUUAGAGGUGAACUCGGGAGGUAAUUUAUUUGAAAACUUGAUGCGUCCAAUUAACAGACUGAACUUGAAAUUGAAGACAUAUCCAGAAAUAUCGACACUUUUGUGAAAAUAAUUCGCGAACGAAUCUUCUUGCUAACUAUAAUAAUUCCAUUAAAAUAUAAGAUAUUUUAAAGAGUAUCAUUUUACGGAUAAUUAUAAUCAAGGUACAUUUUCAUAAGCAUUUAUCACUGUAACUUAUAUCUUAAAAAGGGGGGAUCCCGAAAUUCAAUAACGAAGAUAAAUUCACAAUUUCGAACGUACGUGUCCGAACGCUAUCGGGUUGAUUAAUUUUCCGAGACGGUUAUUUGGCAAGGACUUUCCCGCUCCCGUGAUAUACAGCGAGUUUGUUCGGUGAGGGUUCGACACGAGAGAGAGAAGCUCACUCAAGGAGCCGCCAAUCGAGAACACUCGCGAGUAUUUACACGGCAUAGGGCGGGGGAGGAAAGGAGGAGCGAGGGGGGACGCACAGGGGAGUACGCACGAGGCGUCAGCGCGCGUACGCUCGCACAAAAUCGCAUAUCACACACCCAGCCCACGCACGAUUCGCGCGUGCGUGCUCACGUGCUCACGGACGUGCAGCCGGGUGGUGCAACAACGUGGCCAACAACGUCACGCACCUACGCCUCGAGUGCCCACGCGCGAUGCGUAUGAGCGCGUGACGGACUACUUUUAGAACGAGGACUCGACUGUGCGGAUGAGCAGGAUAUAGCUGGAGAUUCAAAGCGAGAGGUUCAAAAGCAAGUGAAUCAUGCGUCCCACGUUUUUGCCGGCGUUGCUGCGGCUGGCGGUGAUGAUACUCGCCUGCCAGAUGGCUUGGUCCUUCUUGCUGGAGGGCUCCGCGACGAGCUACGCGCAAUUUCGUAAAUGGAACGCCGGCCUGAACGGCACCCUCGAAUUCGAGUUCAAGACCGAGCAGGGCAACGGAUUGCUACUCUACACGGACGACGGCGGCACCUACGACUUCUUCGAGGUCAAGCUGGUCGAGAGCGCUCUCAGACUGAGAUACAACCUUGGCGGCGGGGCGCAGAUCGUCACGGUCGGCCACGAUCUCGGCGACGGCCACUGGCAUAAGGUGCAGAUCACCAGGUGCAACGAGAACACUACCCUGACCGUGGAUGGGCUCGGCGCGGUCUCGACGUCUCGCGGCAAGGAGUUCGAGUUCGGCAAGCUCGCUGGGAACUCGGACGUCUAUGUGGGCGGCAUGCCUAGCUGGUACAACAGUAAGCUGACGCUGUUGGCGCUGCCUAGCGUGAUAUUCGAGCCCAGAUUCAACGGACUUAUUAGGAAUCUCGUGUAUGCCGACGGGGAGAAUACUGUGCCCAGGAGGCAGGAGAUGAAGAGUCGGGACGCCAAGUGUGGUGGUUUUCCCUGCGUCGAGAGCGCCAACAAACGCAAGUCAACAAGGAGUUUACGCAAUAUGACGAAUACGACGGAUGCUUGCGAGACUCGCGAUCCGUGUCAGCACGGUGGCAUUUGCAUUUCAACGGACAGCGGGCCGAUCUGCGAGUGUCGCACCGGUGAUUAUGAGGGCGCAUAUUGCGAGAAAGAGGCAUGGAGCGCGGUGCUGCCCUCGGCGGGUGCUGGCGAUUACUGGGCUUCGGAUUAUAACAAAGCCCCCUCGGAAGCAUCCUUCAGAGGAACUGAGUAUCUCACGAUAGAUUUGAGCAAAGGAGAACCGGUACUCAGUACACAGGAAUCCAUAAGCCUCCAGUUCAAAACGAGACAGGCGAAUGGACUUCUAUUUUAUUCCGGAGAGGGCGACGAUUAUCUCACCAUAUCGCUGAAAGACGGAGGUGUUGCGGUUAGCAUGACUCUGGCCAAAGGGAGAUUGGAUCUGCACAUAAAGCCGGCCAAGGUGCGGUUCGACGAUCACCAAUGGCACAAAAUUGUCGCUCACCGUAAGGUCCAAGAGAUCUCUUCAAUAACUAGCUUUUGCAAGCUGUCAGCUAUGGUCGAUGGACUUUACACCGACCACGGUCACACCGCCGGAUCGUUCACACAUUUGGCGAGCCGUCGACUUCUCGUCGGUGGAGGCGCUGAUGCGAGGUCCUUGCAAGGCGCUAAAGGGAUCAACAACUUCGUCGGAUGUCUGAGAAAGGUGGAGUUUGCUGCGGAAAGGAUUAGAAUGGAGCUGAUCGAGGCAGCCAAAAGCGGUGCUGCAGGUGCUGCUGCUUGGGGAAAGAUGGAUUUUCACUGUCGCGAACCCAGAACCACAGAUCCAAUCACGUUCACUACCAGGGACUCACAUCUCAAGGCCGGAGCAACGGCAAACAGGCGACUCCACGGCGCUUUGGUCACCUUCACCAGCCCAGAGUCCCACCUGGUUCUGCCACCCUGGAAGAGCGCCAAAUCUGGAACUAUAUCCUUCAAAAUUCGUACGAACGAGCCCAAUGGAUUGAUCAUGUACAGCCGCAGCGGAGCGCAGACGAGGCAAGAUCUAUUUGCCUUCGAGAUUCUUGGCGGACAUCUUUAUCUGCACGCUGAUCUCGGGAGUGGCCCUAUUAAAGUAAGAGCGUCAAAAACACGCGUGGAUGAUGGCGCCUGGCACGAUGUUGUCCUAAGGAGAGUUGAAAGAGACGGUCGAGUCACCGUCGACAGCAACACAAUUGAGUUUCGUACGCCAGGAGAUUCCACGCAAUUAGACUUGGAUGGCCUGUUGUAUAUCGGUGGUGUGGGUGCGCCUUUUGCGCCAUUGACUGUUCCGCCCGUUUUGUGGACGGGCACCCUUCGUCAGGGCUACGUGGGUUGCAUGAGAGAUCUCGUCAUUAAUGGACAUCCAAUAGACAUCGCGGGAUAUGCACAGCAACAGGAUUCAGGUGCAGUGAGACCUGCAUGCCACAUUCAAACCUCGCAUUGCCUUUCAAACCCGUGUAUGCAUCGGGGCACUUGUAUCGAAGGAUGGAAUCGAUUUCACUGUGACUGCACUAACACAUCUUUUACAGGACCCACUUGUGGCAAAGAUGCAUCGACACUGCAUCUGAACGGCACGCAACAAAUGACGGCAUUGAUGCCGGAUGAUUCAAAAACGCAGGCGGAAGAAAUUGUCGUGCGAUUCAAAACGACGAGACCGCGCGGCCUUCUAUUCGCGACUAGUUUCGAAAACAGCGCCGAUCGCUUGCAGAUUUAUUUGGACGAGGGUAAGGCACAGAUGCUGAUUCACAUCGGAGAUCGAGAAAAGGUAUUAACAGCUGGGCAAGGUCUUAAUGAUGACUUGUGGCAUACACUGAGGUUCUCCAGACGAUUCAAUUCGCUCAAGUUUCAGAUCGAUGGUGAAACGGCAAUACGAGCGGAAGCGCAGCUUGGAAAACAGGGCAUCUUGGAAUUCCGCACUCUCCACGUGGGUGGAUAUCUUCAUGCGGGCGAGGACAUAUCGCAUUUCGUGGGCCAGCUCCAGCAAAUCUGGUUCAAUGGAUAUCCAUACUUAGAGAUUGCGCGCAGCGCUGGAAGUCAUCAAGCCUCGCAUCAGGGCGUCACGCCCAUCAUCCGGGUCACCGGCAAGUUCGGCAAGAGAAACCAUCCGGUCCACCAUCCGGUGACCUUUACCUCCAAACACACUUUCGUAGGGCUUCCGGUACUCAAGGCGUACCUUGAAACCAAUAUCUAUUUCCAGUUUAAAACGCGCGAAGCAAACGGCUUGAUCCUUUAUAACGCCGGAAGGGAGCACGAUUUCAUCGCGAUCGAGCUGGUGAACGGCCACGUUCACUACGUGUUUGACUUAGGCGACGGAGCUGUCAGGGUCAGGGACACUUCGAAGACCAAGUUAAAUGAUGGCAAGUGGCACGCCGUCAGUAUCGGUAGACCUGCCUCAAAAAGGCACACUCUCUCCGUGGACGAUCACGUGACCGCUGUCAACAGUCAGGGCAGCAACGAGAAUCUUGACCUCGAUGGCAUUUUGUACAUAGGUGGAGUAGAGAGGGCACAAUAUGGUCAAUUACCAAAGCAUAUUCUCAGCCGUCAUGGAUUCGAGGGGUGUCUGGCGUCGUUGGAUCUCAGCGGGGAAAGCACUGACCUCAUUACCGAUGCCGUCGUGCCGAGUUCCCUCGUCACAUCCGGAUGCGACAUUUACACAAACGUGCAUCCGGGCAAGAAGUGCACUCACGAUUUUUGCGCCAAUCAUGGGACAUGCGUGCAACAGUGGAAUAGCUACACGUGCGACUGCGACAUGACGAGUUUUACCGGGCCAACUUGUAACGAUGAGGCUGUUGCUUACGAAUUUGGACCCGGGAAAGGAAUUAUCACGUAUACCUUUCCGCCCGAUCGUCGACCGGAAAUGAAAAGAGAUACCGUGGCCUUAGGUUUCGUCACCGGCGUUAACGACGCUGUGCUGCUUAGGAUAGAAUCUGCAUCGAGUAAUGAUUAUCUCGAAAUCGAAAUUGUAGAAGGUAACGUUUUCGCAGUUUAUAAUAUGGGCACCAACGACCACCCGAUCGGCGAAGUUGGUGUGAAAGUUAACGACAAUCAAUAUCACGUGGUUAGAUUUACCAGAACUGGGCCGAACAGCACAUUACAAGUCGAUGACUACAAUUUGCAAUCUAAUCACCCGGCGGGUUAUCAGCUGACAGUUUUCAACAGCCAGUCCACUAUUCAAGUGGGUGGCCGAUGGAAUCGCAGCAAAGGCAGAGUGGAACGACCAUUUCUAGGUGUGAUAGCCGGAUUGGUCGUCAACGGUGCUAGGAUUUUAGAGCUAGCUGCGGCCAAAGACGGCAAAGUUAUAGUCAGAGGAGAUGUGCAGCUUCUACCAGCUGGAAGUCUUCUAGAUCGUGCCCCGCCAUUGCAAAGAAUGCAACAGACGCCGGCGUCCGGUUUUCCUGGCGUCAUGGACGAUCUCAUAUUCUCCGGCGCCGGAAGUGGAUGCGCCGGCGAUGAUGAGGACGAAGAGUGCACUCCGAUUUAUGAAUCAGGUUCCGGUAAGUAUGACAUCAUCACGCCAGUGUACGUGGCGCCUACACGAUUACCAACGACAUUGAGGCCGAAGCUGCACAAGGAAAAUAUUCAAGAACGUCCGUCGUGCGACGACGAAGAAGACUGUGAAGAGGGCUCCGGUGAUCCCAGAACAACGGAGAUUUUUGUUACCUCGGCCACCGAUAUCAGCUCGGUGACGUACACGACGCCCCGCGAGUACUCGACGAGCCAUAUCAGCACCCAGACGACGUCGGCGUCGCCGACAACAUUAAGUCGCGACGUAGUCACUGUCUCCGUCCAAUACAAUGUGUCAACCACAGAUCUCGAGACCAGCCAUAGCAGUAGCGUCGUGACGCAUCGGUCGACAACCGUGACGACGCAGACGACCACGACGGAGAUGACGGAGCCGCCGCCGCCGCCUCCGCCGCCAGUCUACCCUCCGAUGCCCACUCCGCCCAAGAACAACAACAAUAAGCGGAUCACAUCCGAGGCGGCGGAAAACGCCGCGCUCAUAAUCGGCAUCAUCGCCGCCGCGCUGAUAGCGAUAGUCCUGAUCAUACUGAUAAUUCUCAAGUUUAAGAACCGGCCGGAGACGAACUACAAAGUAGAUGAGACAAAGACAUUCUGUCAGGAUCCGAACGCGGCCCUACUGGGCCCUGCGGGUUCUGGCCAACCCUUUAACGGCGCCUUGAAGAAUGGCGCCAAUGGCAGCAAAUCUAACAAGAAGCGAGAACUGAUAGACAUUAAAGAGUGGUACGUGUAAAAAAAAAGGGGGGGGGACGUCCAUAUUGGGCAGGACAUUGCCUUGUGCUUGAGGUUCGUGUGUACAGAAGAUGUAUAGCCAAGGAUAUGGCCAAGUACGCGUCAUCUUUCGUCAUUCGUCAGAAAAGGCUGAAAAAAUGGCAGAGAAGAAAGCAAGACGCGAAACAGAAGUUCCUCGUGAGUCUUGCGUGGGGAUGCAAGGAGGAAGUACGCUCCUUGCCCGCUAAAAAUAUUGAACUCUGCUCUAACGAGUUUCGAGGAUUCCGAGAUUCCAAGGAUCUGUCUCGAAACUGACGCAACACGAAAAGUACCCAUCGAUCGAAUAUUCACCGAGGAAAUCUCGUUCGAGUUGCUCAUCGCGCGAUAGAUAGACAACAUUUUUAUGGGGGGGGGGGAGAGGGUGCCUCGUGAAAAAUCCGAUCGACGAUGGCUACGACGUAGUCGUGCAUGUGCGAAAACGAUCUCUCGGUCACGAGUGAGGAGAAAAGCACGUUUUAGAAAAUUUCCGCGAUCGCUUAUAUAAAGACCGGUGUAAUAAAAAAAGAGUCACAGUUUAAUAAAAAUCCUCUUUUCGGUGCGAAAAGGACCCAAAUGCACGAUUGAGUAUCCCUGAUAUAGUAAAGUACAUUUUCUAAGAAAUCGAGAUUGAGAGGUCGUUUAGAAAGGAAAAACACGUUUACUUUAAGGAAAAGCAGGACGAAACCAGGGAUUACCUUAAAAAAAAUUAAAUUAUUCUCUAAUUCUGUUGAGACAAAUUGAGGCGAGGUCGAUCGCACUUGGAAAGGUACAUCGAGCUGUACCAAUCAAUGAUCUUACGCUGCUCCUCUCGCUUCCUUGACGCGAAAUCUCGGGACAAAAUUUAGACAGGAAUUGAAUGUCGAUCGCAAACGUUGUUCCGAAAGAAUUCUUUUCUUUUUUUUUCCAUUUGCUGCAAAUUUUUUCGAACUAUUAUAUUUUCCAAAUAAUGCUUGUUAGCGUUAGUCGAGUUUCCGUUAUAAUUAAUCCAAUGGCAAGUCGAUUCGUCGACAAUCGAAAGAUCAGCGUUCAUAUUCAAUAAGAUUUCGCCGCGAGGAACGAAGAGGAAAGACGAACGUGAAAAUCGUGAGACUAAUCGUGGGAGUUAAUUGAAAUGAAAGGAAUGUUGAAAGUGAUAUUAGCAAUGACUCUGACUCGAAUGAAUCUUAGGAAACAAUUUGCACCAAUAUAGGCAGGCUAUUUUUAUCGUUUCACGGAUUUUACUUCCAACAUCUUCUCCGUAAACGCGACAUUAAAUCGUCUCCAAGCACGUCAAAAAA